AGAACAGCGACGACUAUUGCGUCAUCGGCCUGCGACUGUGCUGGAAAAUGUCGGUGGAUUUAAGAGAUAACCUGCUGGGCAUCUCAUGGGUGGACAGUGGCUGGGUGCCCAUUCUGAACCCCAGUAAUGUGCUGGAGUAUUUCUCCGAGAGGAGCAACCCUUUCUAUGAUCGCACCUGCAACAACGAGGUGGUGAAGAUGCAGAGAUUAACCCUGGAUCACCUUAAUCAGAUGGUAGGUGUAGAAUAUAUUUUGCUUCAUGCUCAGGAACCGAUUCUGUACAUCAUCAGGAAGCAACAGAGACAGUCGCCAACACAAGUGAUCCCCCUUGCUGACUUCUAUAUCAUAGCUGGAGUGGUUUAUCAGGCACCUGACCUGGGAUCAGUCAUCAAUUCCAGAGUGCUCUCAGCCGUUCAUGGCAUCCAGUCAGCAUUUGAUGAGGCAAUGUCCUUCUGCAGAUACCACCCAUCCAAAGGGUACUGGUGGCACUUUAAGGACCAGGAGGAGAAAGAGAGGGUAAAGCCUAAAUCUAAGCGGAAAGAGGAGCCCAGUUCAUUUUUCCAGAGGCAGAGAGUUGAUGCACUGCUACUGGACCUACGCAAUAAAUUUCCCCCAACUUUCUAUCAGCAUAAACCAGGAGAAAAGCCGGUUCCAGUGGAGGUAAAGAAAGAGCCAGAAGUGGCACUUGAGACAGCAAAGCCUCAAGAAGAGAGAGACACAAAACCAUCAGCCCCUCCUGGCCCUGCUCGCCCAGCACCUCCCACCCCCAACUCUAACCCUAACAAACCACCACCUGAGAAACGUGCUCGCCUGCAGUGAUGCGUUAUGGCUCCUUACAGCCUUGCUGUAGUGCUGAAGGACUGCAUAAAACAUACGCAGAUUAAACACGCAUACUCUUGUGAGCAGGUCUCAAGACCAGCUAACUAAAGGUGGACUGUUACGGUUACUGUAAAUAAAUGAGUUUUCUUCAUAAUUUAAUAGUAGGUGUUUUUCUAAUAAGGGAAGUGAAUUUUUGGUUUGAUUUUCUGUAUUUUAUCAUUGUGCCAUGAGCUAUCUCUCUCACACACACACACACACACCGUUGAGAGAAGCUGUGAUUAAAUUCGGUGUCAGUUUUUCAGAACCUUUGUGCUGUCUGAUUUGUUUUCAUACAUAAGUUUUACAGACCUUUUCUGCUGAUUAAAGCUCAGUCUUUGUACAUCCUUUGUGAUACAGUAACUUAGCUGUAAUUGUGAUAGCUGUGAUUUUUUACUAGGAUGUUUGGUGUUUUGGUCCUCCGAUUGAGAUUAUAUUGAGCGCAGCGCCCUCUUGUGGACAGAUUGAGAGGCGCUGCUUGUGCAUGAACGUGAACAGCGUUGUUUUUGGUGCGCUAAAAAGAGAUUCACAGCCAACCGAUACAUUCUGAAGACGUUUCAGUUUUAUGCAUAUGACCCAAAUACAACCAGGCCUGGCCUAAUUUAUUCCACUUGAAUGCGCACUGUAAACGGAUUCAAUGCAUUAAUACAUAACGGUGCUUUAAAA